CUCUCAAAAAUCCUAUUUACAUCUGGGAUUGUUGAUCUAAGAGGAAGCAAUUGAAAGCAAUUAUUUAGAUAAAAAAGAGAAACAAAAUGACUGAGGGGCAGGGAAUUCAGAUUCCAAGAGUUGAACUUGGAACCCAAGGUUUUGAGGUAUCAAAGUUGGGGUUUGGCUGCAUGGGGCUGAGCUGGAUCAACUCCCCUGAGGCUGAAAAGGAAGGAAUCUCACUAAUAAAAGAUGCCUUCAGUAAAGGGAUCACCUUCUUUGACACAUCUGAUAUAUAUGGAACUGAUCAUUACAAUGAAAUUCUUGUUGGCAAGGCCUUGAAGCAGUUGCCAAGAGAAAAAGUUCAGAUAGCCACAAAGUUUGGUGUUGUAAGCUUGGGACCGCCUUGUCUGGUAGUAAGGGGUGACCCUCAGUAUGUCAGGGUAUGCUGUGAGUCUAGCUUGAAGCGUCUUGGCGUCGACUACAUCGAUCUCUACUAUCAGCACCGAGUGGAUCAAUCGGUGCCUAUAGAGGAUACUAUGGGUGAGCUGAAGAAACUGGUGGAAGAAGGGAAGAUAAAGUAUAUAGGAUUAUCUGAAGCGAGCCCGGACACAAUAAGGAGGGCACAUGCAGUUCAUCCCAUCACAGCUAUACAAAUGGAGUGGUCUCUUUGGACUCGUGAUAUUGAGGAAGAGAUUGUUCCACUUUGCAGGGAGCGUGGGAUUGGAAUUGUUCCAUAUAGUCCUCUUGGCCGUGGUUUUUUUGCUGGCAAAGCAGUUUUGGAAAAUUUGGACUCUGAAGUUCAUGCGGCCACACAUCCUCGGAUGACAGGAGAGAACUUGGAGAAGAACAAACACAUUUACCAUAGAGUAGAAAGCCUUGCUAAGAAACAUGAAUGCUCUCCUGCUCAACUAGCCCUCUCAUGGGUUCUCCACAGAGGAAAUGAUGUUGUUCCUAUCCCUGGGACAACAAAAAUUAAAAACCUGGAUACAAACAUUGGCUCCGUAGCGCUGAAACUCAGGGAAGAGGACCUGAAAGAAAUUUCUGAUGCCGUUCCUCUCGACCAAGUAGCUGGUGAGAAAACUUACGAACGCGCGAGUCAUGUGCAAUGGAAAUUUGCCAACACUCCUCAAAGGAAUCCAAAUUAGUCUGACUGAUCAAUCGAGCUUACAAGGACUAAUUGCCUGCUACAGUAUUAAUUAAUUUUGUAAUACUCAGGCAGCAAAUGAAAUGUAACUUGAUCUGUAAUUGGUUUAAGCUUUCCCAAGUCUUGAAAUUUGAAACAAAUAAACUCACAGCAACAAAUUCAAGUUUGUCACCCACUUAGAAGCAUUGUUUGGAUGAUAUAGUAUUAAUUAAUUUUGUAA